AUGGAUCUGCCUGAAGUACCAUCACUGCGAUGGCAAGUCUCGCAAGCGCUCAUGCUGGUGUUGUUGCUGCGCCUGUCUGGCGAGGCUGCUUGGGCCUCACUGGAGCGCUUCUGGCGCUUCAGCUUCCUGGAGCUUGACGAGUGCCAUGUGGCCUGGACGCUCCCUCGCGCGGACGCUGCGGGGCGUGUUGUCCGAUACGCGAUGUGGAAUGAAAGCCGACAGGGUCGCUUGCCAUGGAAGGUUCUGGUGUCACUUCGGCGAGCUCUCCUGGGCAGGUGGUUGAACCUUCAGUCGGCUUGCGUGUCGAACACUUUGAUUCGAGCAGCGCAUCAGGUUUUGACUUUUCGAAUGCUCCGGGGGUUUGGUGAGCAUUCUCUUCUCGAGAUCGACGAUUUUGGUGACGAAACCUGGGAGUUCGACCAGCCAAUGGAGGAGGCGCCCGCGGAUAACGACAUUUUCCACGCGCCUCUGGACACGUCUCUUUUGGCCGGAGAAUGUGAGUAUGACGGAGAUUCUGAGGUUUGCAGUUCCCAUUCCAUGGAAGCAGAGAGACGGUGUCUUCCGCUGGUGCUGUUGCGCAUGCUCUGCGUCUACGCGCAGCUCGACUUGUGCUCAGUUCCUCGUGCUGCCGACGUGGUACAGCAUGCCAGAGUCGGUCGGUGCAAAGCCAGCCACUUCUUGUCCGCUCUCAGACGCGCCGAAGCAGACGCCACGUCCGAGCUCUUCCAGAAUGCUGCUCUCUGCGGGAAUCUGGAGGUGGAUGCGACCUGCAUCGGCAAAUUUCAUGUGCGAAGCAGCAAUGUACACUAUGCUGCACAGAUUGCGAAGCUCAACCAGAAAAUUGCCAAGAAGAAGCUCCCAAUGCCCAAAAGUUUCUUGGCACAUGUGCCAGUCCUGGGAAUUCGUGAGCGUUCUGGACCUCCCUACAUCUGGGUUGGGGACCCUGUUCUUACUCUUCCCAAGUCCAGACCGCCGACCGAGUCGUCCCAGCAGGUGGCAUCCUCCAAACUCUUCGACUUGGUCAAAGGAAGAAGCAGAAAACGCUGCAUCUUCCCAGAUGGAAACGUUGCGUGGCAGUCCGCAGCCGAAGCCCGUGGCCUUCCAGUUGAACCUGUGACUCACCAGUUAAGAGUUCUCACCCGGCCAUACUCCCCAGCCUGUACAGCCAUAAGUGCUCUUGCCGGGACGCAGUGCAUCGACAGGAGCUGGGAAGGUCUUAAACAGUUCUUGCCGAAGCACUUGGUGCUCAAAGUCCAAGGCGCCCUCAAUGAGGAGGUUCCAAAGACCGUGCACCAGUGGAUGUGGCGUAUGCAUGUUUUCCACGAAGGCUACCUGAGCCCAGCAGACUUCCUCAACAAGCUGCGAACGAUUGUGUGA